CUGUCUGUCAAAUGUAAAGUAAAAUACGACAAUGACAAGAGACAAGAGUAGGCAGUUUUAGUAGAUAAUUUAAUUCGCAAAACAUUAUUUUGUGCUAAUUGUUUAUCUUUCUUGUGUUUGUAAGUGCUGCGAUUGAUUUCCCAAGUUCUGUUUGAGUUUUUUCCGAUGGUUUUUAAAUCACGAUGAGCUGCAUUACUUGGAUCCGAGGUCUCAAAAUUACAUUACCGUUCAAGGAUAAGGAAUUGAACAAAAUAGCAGCAAGUUUCAAUGUUCUAACAUUCUUGUUGACUUGCGCUGCACUUGUCCAACCCAGUUGGUUUAAAAUUAAGGGAUUGCACUGUACCCAAAGCCUUUCACUGACACAGUUCUUCACUUUCGAUGAAGAUGAUGAUGACAACAAUCAUAUAGCUAUACAGACAGAAUUUGAUCCUGUAAAUAGAUCAGAUUUUAAUGGUCUUCCACCAUGUACAACACCAGAAAUUAUAUUGCUCAUGAGAAUUUUAAUAUUACUCUGUUUUAUGGUGCUAUUGUGUUCAUGCAUUGGUGUUCUGAUUAAUCUUAUUAGUUUGAACAGUAAAGCAAUAAAAAUGCUACGAAGGAAUGCCGUCCCCAGUAUCAUGUGUGUUUUUUGGGUCAUCGCUAUAGUCGGAGUUUGCUAUUAUACAACUGUUGUGUUAGGUAACACAAACAAUAGUGAUCCUAAUACAAUACAAGUUGAUUAUGAAUAUGGAUUCUACACAAUAACAGGAGCAGGUGCUUUAGCUCUCCUAGCAUCAGCUGCGAAUCUAUGGGGUGCACCAUUAUCAAACGAUGAAGACUUGCAAAGACGAAAUCUUAUGGAAGAUUGGGAUGGAUAUGAAGCCCACAGUGUAGGUCCAACACCAGCAGUGCCUACUCUACCUCCUUACACACCAAGCCCAAACUAUGUCUCGACUGCACAUCCAACAUUUGCACCACCAGUGCUCGGCACUCAACAAUAUUUUCCUUUUGAUGAUCUCUCUAUCUUACCACCGCCCCCUCCAUACACACCCUAGAAUAAGUUAUACAACUUUUACCAAAUAUCUAGAUUCGACUCGAAUAUGACUAUUUAUAUUCUCUAUUCAUGUAACAUUUAUAUUUGCAUUAGUGGUUUUGGGUAUCGAAUUUUGGGUUCUACCAAUAUCUGGUGAGGAAACAAAUUUGCAAAGCAGUCUGAAGAUUUCCUCAGCUUUGAAUUCCCUCAUAAAGAAGAAGUAACUCUUUAACUCUGCAAUUAUUAUCAGUCUUCGUUUAAACAGUUAAACUUGCUUCUAUCGAAGUAGAUACUGUUACAAUUAGCAUAUUAUAAAAAGACAGAAGUUUAGAGUCAACAUUUUUAAUAGAAGUAUAUUUCACCAGAAUAUACUAUGGAAAACAUUCUAGCCAAAUAGUCUGCCCAUUAUGGAUAUUCAACAAACUAACUAAUUACUCGGCCUACCACUAAUUUUUAAUACAGAUAUACACAAAAUACUCCAAACUGUUAGAAUAUUUGUUUGUAGAAUUAAAUAAGUUCAUGUAAAAUCGACAAUUAAUAUGAAAAAAAAAACUAUUUUGACAUUUACAAUCCUAGCUUACAAACAGAUUUUCUUUAGAAGUUAUGUGUGUUUAAAAUAUCAAAAGCUCUGUUUAUGACCCCAACCAGUAAGUAAUAUGUAAAUAUGAUUGUAAUAAAACUGAAUUAAUUUUAGUUAUGCUUCAAAAGAACAAAACUUCAGAUGAAUAAAUAAAAGUGCUACAAAUAUUUUUCAAAUGAUAAAAAAGGCUCACAAAGAUAAUUAUUUUUAUAUAAAAAUCGCAAUGUUUUAUUAUAUCUUGAAUAGAAACAGUUUUAUUACGAAAAUCAUAGAGCAAAGAUAUUACUAAACUUGACUUAAACUGCAAUAAUACCAGUCUGGAUAAAAUAUAUGUAUAUGAAGGUUGAUAUUGUAAAGAAACUUUUAGUAGUUAAAUGUAGUUAGUAGCCUAAAAAUAAUGUGAUAAAUGUUUAAGAUGAAUCUCAACCAAAUGCAUUAACUUACAAUUACAUUACAUAUUUCAUUCCAGCUAUAUCCAUUUAAAUUGAUUAGUGAAAGAUAAAAACUUGAUUUAUAUAAAACCUUAUUUUAAAAAUUUUAGUCUAAUGGUAAAGAUAUGUUAAGAAUAUGUGGAACAUUUUUAAAUAAUAAUAUUUACAUUUUAUUUUCUAUAUAUGUGGUUGUGAGUUAUACAUAAUAUUGUGCAUUUUGGAAUGUGAUUUGCCAUUAUAGUGCCUAAUUUCAUCAUAUUCUGAAAUAUUUUAAAUUACUAAAAAUUUCACUUAAGUGUUCAUGAAAGUCUAAAGUAUAGUAUUAUUAUGCUAUUUAUAAAUAUAUAAUUUUUAGUGAUGAUGAUUUGAAUAAAAAGGCUUCAGAAUAUUUCUUCUUAAAAAAAUAAAUGAUGUAUAUGAUUGUAGAUAUAAUAUUCUCUAUAUAGAUGCAUAAUUAUUAAACAUCUCCAAUAUGAAGCCUUCUUGUCAAUAGAAUCGUAACGAACAUUAAAUAUUCUAGUGUUUAAAGAUUAUUCUUAUUGUAUAAUGGAUUCAUGUAAGUAUUUGAUUAUGCGUCAUAUUGCUUGGAAUUGGAUGGAUUAGGAUUUACUUGCUAAUUUCUAAAUAGCAAAAUUACGAAACAUGUUUAAAUAUGCCUUAGAUUAAUUACUAAAAAACUUGUAAGUAGAAGUUAUUUUUAAUAACAAACUUCA